GUGGUGUGGUGCGCAUCCCGAGUCAUCAUUGUUUAGUAGUUUGUUUUGCUCUCUCCUUUACCCACCAUACGCCGCCAUGGGUAUUUCACGUGAUCACUGGCAUAAACGGCGGGCCACUGGAGGCAAGCGCGUCCAGCCUCGCAAGAAGAGGAAGUUCGAGUUAGGUCGUCCUGCGGCUAAUACAAAGCUUGGAACCCAGAGGAUCCAUACUGUUCGAACCCGUGGUGGGAACAAGAAGUAUCGCGCUCUACGCCUUGAUACUGGUAACUUCUCUUGGGGGUCAGAAGGCCAGACACGCAAGACUCGUAUUGUUGAUGUAGUGUACAAUGCCAGCAACAAUGAACUUGUACGAACCAAGACUCUGGUGAAGAAUGCCAUUAUUGUUAUUGACGCUGCACCUUUCAGACAGUGGUAUGAAGCUCAUUAUGCUCUUCCCUUGGGCCGCAAAAAGACCACAAAGUUGACUGAUGCUGAAGAAGCUGUCUUAAACAAGAAAAGGUCUAAGAAGACUGAAAAGAAGUACAAGGAACGUCAACGCACCGCCAAAGUUGAAGGUCCACUUGAAGAUCAGUUCAUGACUGGUCGUGUUCUUGCUUGCCUUGCUUCACGGCCUGGCCAGUGUGGACGUGCUGAUGGCUACAUUUUGGAGGGGAAAGAACUUGAAUUUUACCUAAGGAAAAUCAAGAGUAAGAAGAGUAAAUAAACAAUAAACAGCUGAUGUGAGAA